AUGCGUCCCUUCGCAGGGCCAUGGCGCACGCUCACAGCGCUGCUGGCUGUAGCUGGGCCAGCACGUCCGGCAGUGGCGUACGACUUGGACCCCAACUCGACAGAGUCCGUGACGUCUAUCGCUAAAAACAUGGCGGACGACCUGCUUUCAUUCUACAAGGGCGACGAACCAGGGCAUGUACCAGGACUGCCCCCACAACAGUACUUCUGGUGGAUAGGCGGUGCCAUGAUGGGUGCCUUGGUGGAAUAUUGGUACUACACAAAGGACGAUUCAUACGUCGAGACCACCAAAAGGGGACUCCUCUUUCAAGUCGGCAAAUACGACGACUACAUGCCGGACAAUCAGACCCUCACAGAGGGCAACGACGACCAAGGCUUCUGGGCCGCAGCCGUGAUGAGCGCAGCCGAGUACAACUUUCCCGAGGGCGGAGAUGACCAGCCGUCGUGGCUCGGCUUGGCCCAAGCCGUAUUCAACACACAAGCCGUGCGGUGGGACGAAAGCCAGUGCGGCGGUGGCCUCCGAUGGCAAAUCUACAACUGGAACAAGGGCUGGGACUACAAGAACUCCAUCUCGCAGGGAACGUUCUUCUCGCUUGCCGCCCGCCUCGCCCUCUACACGGGCAACGACACGUAUGCAGACUGGGCCGUCAAGUCGUGGGACUGGAUGAUAGACCUCGAGUAUAUUGACAAAUGGUGGUAUGUCUAUGACGGCGCUCACAUCCCGAACAACUGCACAGACAUUGUGCCGUGGCAAUUCACGUACAACGCUGGUGUCUUUAUCCUGGGCGCCGCCGCCAUGUACAACUACACCGAGUCGGACGCCUGGAAGGAGCGCCUGGACGGGCUUCUCGAGGGUGCCCAGGUCUUCUUCCGCGGUCCGAAUGAAGAUAUCAUGGAGGAGGUUGCCUGCGAGUCUAACGAUCUCUGCAACGUUGACCAAGUGUCUUUCAAGGCAUACCUAGCCCGAUGGAUGGCCGCCACGAUACAGUGGUACCCCGAAUCGUACGAUCGUCUCUCGCCCCUGCUCCGGGCUUCGGCUGUGGCCGCGGCCGGGCAGUGCACCGGCGGCGCGAACGGGCGGAUGUGUGGCUCGAAAUGGAGCACCCUGGAGAACGACGGGACGGAGGGGAUCGGCCAGCAAAUGUCCGCCAUGGAGGUCACCCUCUCGUGCAUGAUCACGAAGCGCGACCCCAUCUUGACGAGCAACACGGGCGGCAAGAGCGAGGGCGAUCCUGGCGCGGGCGGGAGUGAUAUCGGACGGAGUCGCAAUGGCGAGCCGCCCAAGAAGGACUACCCGCCCAUGACGGCUGGUCAACGAGCUGGGGCGGCGAUCCUCACCGCUGUCGUCAUUGGGCUUCUUCUGCUGGGCGUCUUCUGGCUGUGGCUGGACGAGACGUCUGACAAGGGACCUGUCGACCAGAUGCGUGGACUGCCGUCCAAUGCGGCUGCGGCUGCUGCUAUGGUACCCAUCGCAGGGGCGUCAUUGUCCUCCCGCGAGUCGCAGGUCAUGGCCGAAAAAGGUCCAGGGGUUCUGACGGCCGCUGAGGUUGGUACGAAGCACGUCGAAGAACCUGGGCCCGGGGUUGCUGCACCCGCAGCGGUCAAGAGGGCGAGUGUUGCGAGGCAUUCCAAAAGAGCGUCUAAUAUGCCUCUCGGCUGGCCUCACAACCCUUCGAUACGAUCGAGCGUUGUCGAGCCGGGCCAGAGCGGGCAGUCGUCAUCGGGAGAGUCAACGAGGGGGACAGACGACGAUGAGAUUCGACCAGCAGCGCCGACCCAUUGA